AUGGAUUAUGCAAAGAAGCCGGCACGGCUUUUCUUUAGCGAUGAACAAUUUUGUUGGACGAAUUUCAAUUUGGAAAUUAGUGAAUGUGUUUAUUGUAUAGUACUUGCACCAAUCACAGUUUAUAGAUACCUUGAAGAAGCAAUAAUGAACCUGGACACAAGCAACCCAGUGACUCGAGAGCACUUGCCCGUCGUGGUGAGAGAGUUGCAGAAACAGAUCACGGCGUAUCUUGCAGCGAAUCCGGGACACGCUCUGACCAGGCAGUUCCGCAUGUUGCUUAUGGCAGCGGACUCGCUGGUCAAAAGCGCGGUUUGA